AUGUUUUCUUACCUCGAGUUCUCUCCCUGGAGCACUCCACCCCAUGAUACCUCCUCUUUUCCCCCGGUCGCUUCCCCGCACGUUGGCAACGCGUCCGAGCCGAGCCUGGUCGCGAAGGCGGUGGACCGUCUCAACCAUCCGCCCUCGGCAGCCGUUGAUCAUGCUCCCGGGGUAGCUUCGCUCGACGCGCCGCCGUCCUCCCAGCAGCCUACGUCCGAUGGUUACCACAAUGUCCUCGCCACGCCGCUGACGGUUCCCAGUCAGUGGCCUCAUCUAGCUCAUGAUUCUACCGGCACGGCUCGCGAUCCGUUCAAUAUCGACGAGAUCCAAACGAGCUAUGCCUACAUGCCGGAGCACCCGUCAACGUUCGCGACCGACUUAUCGCUCAGUGGCACCUUCAGCGUCGAGACGACCCCAGGAGGCUUCGAGGAACUGUUCAGCGACCCCGCAAACUUCGAUACGUUGAUCAAUGGCCAUUUUCCCGUACAGAACCCGUGGUCGUCUGAAGGCUUUGUGACUGCGCCUCUCCGGGCCAAUGAGUCAGCUUUGAUCCCUGACUCGUUGGGUCUGAUGAAUGAGGUCGUCGGUCGUGAUCCGUUCGACAUGACCUACUUGAACGGGUCCACCAUUGCGCUCGAGAAUGGAGUCAAUUCGCUUCCCUCCACUGGCGAGUCCCGCGAGCAGGCGAUCAAGGCCGAAGGCUCGCCUCUUUACCUGUCGAGCCCGUUGACCGUCGACGGGUCGUCGAGUACUCCAGCUAUGUCUAGAGGCAGCUCGCAGUCGACAGGAAGUAACACCUCGAGCGUGGACACGCGCAUGUUCGACGCAGCCAACGUGUUCUCUGCAGUCGAUGCUGGAGUGCAUGCCAGCAACCCCUUCGCGCUUCCAGCUCACACCCUCGCGCAGCCAUUCGCAAGCACUAUCCAGCCCCUCAUCCCCACCUUCCAGCCUCUUCACCAAAUGAUUCCUCACGACCUCGGCUGGAUCCCCGACCACAACUUCGGACACCAAAGCCUGUCAGUCCCCUUGCUCAACACAGCCGACCGUCUCGUCGCGGCGUCCGGGUUCACUCAAGUCGGACUUCAAGUCGGACUUGAUGAUAUCUCCCAGCAAAGGCUCAACCACACCUUCCGCCCCAGGGACACCCACGUUCCCGCGUCGAUUGCCACUGUAGCCCCUCGUUUCAUAGCGCCUCCUCCCACUACACCCGUCGUCCCCUCGACUAAGGCUCCUCGCGCACGCAAGCGCACAGCACCUACGAAGGCACCGACCACGAAGACAACGGCCACAAAAGCGUCGAACAAGGUGCAGCAGGCCGCCAAGUCACACCAGAAAGCGCUCGAGCAGCGACAGAGAGAGAUCCAGCAGAGUAGAGCUGCGGUGGAGCGCAUCAUGUCCGAGAUCGAGGCCACAUCGAGCCGCAGCAGCCUCUUCGACCAGAUCUUCUUGCAGCAGCAGCAGCAUUUAGAGCAUCAGCAACAGCAUCAGCAGCUGGACAGCUCCGCCCGUGUCUCGGCGCCAACGCCUACGCCAAUCCCCACGGACUAUCACAGCUCAGGCAGCGCGAUCCCCCAUCUCGCUGGUGCGAUGCCGGCCCAUACCACCGCUCCUGCACCCGUUUCAUCCGGUCCGGCCCCCAAGCGCCGAGGCAGGCGACCCGCCGCUGCCAAAUCUCCAGCCGCUGCUGCCGCCACCAAGGCGCCCAACAAGCGGCGCGCCAAGCCCAAAGUCGCCCCCGAGGAAAAGCCCCCGUGCCCCGACCCCACCUGCGAUAAAAGCUGCACGACGCGACACAACCUCACGGCGCACAUCAAGACGCACGAGCCGAUCCGCUACUGGGAGUGGCACUGCGGCAUCCCGGAGUGCAUCACGCUGGGCCGGAUGUAUCUCAACAAGCGCGACUGCAACCGACACUGCAAGGCGAUUCACGGCAAGGAGAAGGAGCUUUGCGGGUACUUCUAUACUGGUACAGGUGAUCCGAAGGGCGCAAACAUGCCGCCGAAGGAGUGGUGGGAUCAUCUGAAAAAGGGAGGCAGCAGAUGGCCUAAGAACAAGGCGCCGCCGGGCAUGUGGUAG